GUGGGGCUCCUCGGUGACAUCCCAGGGUUGGUUUCUCUGGGGAUGUUCCUCCUGUGUCCGUCACAGCAGCACACCCCGCUCACGUCAGCAGCCUGGCCCCAGAAUAGCAUCUUUCCUCCCAGCUCAGCGGGUACUGCCGCAUUUAGCACCGUGCCCAUGGGCCAUCUGUGCCCCUCGGCAGCUCUCCCCCAGAUGGGGCUGUGCCUCCGAGCUCCCCGUCCCCAGGCAGCGGGUGGCGAGGGUGGGUGCUGGAUGCCAUGUCUCUGGGCACUAUUUUUUCCUUUGGUUUGCACUGAUUUGAUAUUUGUGUGAUGCUAGUGAUUCCGGCAGCUGCUCCCUUCUUAUCGAUUCACUUUCUAUGUUGGUGCCAGAGGGCUGCAGUGCUCCCCAGCUGGUACCAGCUCGUGCAUCGUAGCCAUCAGCCCCGAUCCCAGCUGAGCACUUGGGGUGGGGGUUCAGGUGCUGCAGGGUCAGGCAGGGUUCAGGAUCUGCCUUGUGGCAUGCCUGGAAGGGCUUCACCUACUGUAUGGCCCAAUGGAGCCAUGGAGGAUUCCACAGCACACAGCCCAGCCGGAGCUCAGCCUGCCAUGCCAAAGCCUGCUGGGCUCCAAGAUGGUGCUGGUGGAUGGUUUUAUGCCCGUCCAGGAUCGCUCAUCCCGAAACCUUAACCUUGCAAAGAAAUGCUGAAUUUAUUUUUCUGCAUCAAAAGUUAUACUUAUGCCAUCUAGCUCUAUGAAAUGAUGCAUAUAAACAGACACAAUUAAAGUAACGCACAGAAUGUAUACCAGGCCCAUAAAUAGUGCUGCAGUAGGGAAAGUAAUGGACAGUGCAUGUAAUGAGGGAUAUAAAGCAAUGCAGCGAUAGACAUAAAUAGCGUUGGUAGAAGCAAUGCAGAGCCUACACAUAACAAUAGAUAUAAACAAAGUCCAGAGUAGCUGCUCAUCUCAUUUGUAACAUUAAUAUGAUUUGAUUCCUCAUAGCAGCUUACACAAUAAGGGAAGGAAUGCCAUGGAGGCAGUGAGGGAGAACUCCUUUCUGUCCCAAUCCUGGACAGGAGCUGCCCAUACAGUGCCCAGGGAAGGCCACCAGUGCUCCCAGGACAGGCAGCAGAGGGCCUCACAGAAGGCCUGGAACCGGGAAAUGGUGAGAGAUAGGAUGUUAGCUGGGGAGGCGAGUAUGCGCAGCCCAAUCCUGGCCUGCUGGCAGCCAAUUCUCCUCCUGAUGCUGGGAUCCAUCCUGUCCGGCUCUGCCACGGGCUGCCCUCCGCGCUGCGAGUGCUCUGCCCAGGAGCGUGCUGUGCUGUGCCAUCGGAAGCGAUUCAUGGUCGUCCCGGAGGGGAUCCCGACGGAGACCAGGCAGCUAGACUUGGGUAAGAACCGCAUCAAGACGCUCAACCAGGAUGAAUUUGCCAACUACCCUCACCUUGAAGAGCUGGAGCUAAAUGAGAACAUUAUCAGUGCCAUUGAACCUGGGGCUUUCAACAACCUCUUCAACCUCAGGACGCUGGGGCUCAGGAGUAACAGACUCAAGCUGAUCCCCUUGGGGGUGUUUACUGGACUCAGCAAUCUUACCAAGCUAGACAUUAGUGAGAACAAAAUUGUGAUCCUCCUAGACUACAUGUUCCAGGACUUGUACAACCUGAAGUCUUUGGAGGUAGGGGACAACGACCUUGUCUACAUUUCCCACCGGGCCUUCAGCGGCCUCAACAGCCUGGAGCAGCUGACCCUGGAGAAAUGCAACCUGACCUCCAUCCCCACGGAGGCCCUGUCUCACCUGCACGGCCUGAUUGUGCUGCGGCUGCGCCACCUGAACAUCAACGCCAUCCGGGAUUACUCAUUCAAGAGGCUGUACAGGCUUAAGGUCCUCGAGAUCUCACACUGGCCCUACUUGGAUACCAUGACAUCCAACUGCCUGUACGGGUUGAACCUGACCUCCUUGUCCAUCACCCACUGCAACCUGACGUCCAUCCCGUACGUGUCGGUGAGGCACUUGGUUUACCUCCGCUUCCUGAACCUGUCCUACAACCCCAUUGUCACCAUCGAGGGCUCCAUGCUCCAUGACCUGCUCAGGCUGCAGGAGAUCCAGCUGGUGGGAGGGCAGCUCACCACGGUCGAGCCUUUUGCCUUCCGUGGCCUCAAUUACCUGCGCAUCCUGAACGUGUCAGGAAACUUGCUGACCACUCUGGAAGAGUCGGCCUUCCACUCGGUGGGCAACCUGGAGACGCUCAUCCUCGACAACAACCCCUUAGCCUGCGACUGUCGGCUGCUGUGGGUUUUCCGACGGCGAUGGAGGUUGAACUUCAAUAAGCAGCAGCCCACCUGCUCUACCCCCGAGUUCGUCCAGGGCAAGGAGUUCAAAGACUUCCCUGACGUCCUCCUGCCCAACUACUUCACCUGCCGCCGGGCUCGGAUACGGGACCGCAAACCUCAGCAGAUCUUUGUGGACGAAGGCCACACGGUGCAUUUUGUCUGUCGGGCAGACGGGGAUCCGCCACCCGCCAUCAUGUGGCUUUCUCCCCGGAAGCACCUCAUCUCGACCAAAACCAACGGGCGGCUCACUGUCUUCCCUGACGGCACGCUGGAGGUGCGCUACGCUCAGAUCCAGGACAACGGCACCUACCUAUGCAUUGCCAGCAACGCGGGUGGCAACGACACCAUGCUGGCCCACCUGCACGUGCGCAGCUACUCCCCAGACUGGCCCCACCAGCCCAACAAGACCUUCGCGUUCAUCUCCAACCAGCCCAACGAGAGCGAUGCCAACAGCACACGUGCCACCGUGCCUUUUCCCUUUGACAUCAAGACUCUCAUCAUCGCCACCACCAUGGGCUUCAUUUCUUUCCUGGGCGUCGUGCUCUUCUGUCUGGUGCUCCUCUUCCUGUGGAGCCGGGGGAAAGGCAACACCAAGCACAACAUUGAAAUCGAGUACGUGCCACGCAAGUCUGACGCAGGCAUCAGCUCUGCCGACGCACCGCGCAAAUUCAAUAUGAAAAUGAUUUAACCAGGCAACUAUUUGCAAAUAGUUUUGGUUGGGUUUUUUUUUUUUUUGGUUCUUGUUUUUUGUUUUGUUUCGUUUUUUUUUUU